CUUCAUCCCUCUCCAGAAGAGAAGAGGAAACACAGGAAGCUCCUAGUGCAGAAUCACAAUUUCUACUUCACAGAUGUGAAGUGCCCAAGAUGCUCUAAAAUCACCCCCAUGUUUAACCAUGUACAAAUGAUAGUUUUCUGUGCUGGUGGCUCUACUGUCCUCUGUCAGCCUCUAGGAGGAAAAGCAGGGCUUACAGGAGGAUGCUCCUUCAGAAGGAAACGACACUAA